UGCUGCUGUUGUGUGACGUCACCGGAAGCGCUCAGCUGCUGUUGCUGUUGUUGUUGUUGAUGUGGCCCGUCUCGGAUGCGAGUCAUGGAGUGAAGUUAUCCUGAUUAAAUCGAUCAGAGAUCCUUGAAUUCACCGCGGAGCGACGGACAAAGAGCCGGCAGCAUGUUUAAGAGCUGGAGCUCGUGGCUGGGAGGAGAGUCUGGAGAGAACGAGGAGAAAUCGGACAAACAGGAAACGGCAGAGGAGGAAAACAUCACCACAGAGCCUGAAGAAACUCCACACAUCCUCCAGCAGGCCAAAGGACUCAGCGGCUACUUUCUGAACUUUGCGAGUAACGCGUCUAAGAAGAUCUCGGAGUCUGUGGUGGAAACGGCGCAAACUCUCAAGAAAACGGUGGAGGAGAGCAACAUCGACGGCAUCAUUGACAAGACCAUUUUGGGAGAUUUUCAGAAGGAGCAGGAAAAAUUUGUCCAAGAGAAAAAUGCAAAGAAAACAGACGCCGCCGUGCCGCCGUGGGUCGGAUACAACGAGGAGGAAACCAUUCAGCAGCAGAUACUCGCUUUAUCCGCCGACAAGAGGAACUUCCUGCGCGAUCCUCCGGCCGGAGUUCAGUUCCAGUUCGACUUCGAGCAGAUGUACGCCGUGGCUCUGGUGAUGUUACAGGAAGACGAGCUGCUCAACAGGAUGCGCUUCGACCUCGUCCCCAAACAGGUGAAGGAGGACGUGUUCUGGAGGAACUACUUCUACCGUGUGUCUCUGAUCAAGCAGUCGGCUCAGCUCACGGCUCUCGCAGCGCAGCAGCAGAGAGAAGAAGAGAAGAACAGCGCCUCCACGCUCAACGACAACAUCUCAGAGAGCAUCAGACCCAAAACGCCGCCUGUGGCCAUCAGCGCUAAAGCCAAGGCUAGCCAGGAAGAGGAAGACAUCUCCACCAGCCCCGGCGUGUCUGAGUUCGUGAGCGACGCGUUCGACGCCUGUGAUAUAAACCAGGAGGAUCUGAGGAAGGAGAUGGAGCAGCUGGUGCUGGAUAAGAAAGACGACUUCUCUAUUUCAGAAGUCUUCAAUAUUUCUCGUUUUCCGACAGAAGAGACGGCCGACUGGGAGAAAGAGCUGCAGCAGGAGCUUCAGGAAUACGAGGUGGUCGUCGACCCGGAAAAUCGCGAUGAUAACUGGGACCGCGAGAUCGAGGAGAUGCUGCAGGACGACAGCUAAAGCGUGACAGCGCCACCUCUGGUGUGGAGGACGCACUGCUGUGCCUCAGCGCUCAAAUGAAGAAAUCAGCAAGAGUUUCUACUAUUUCAUCAAUCUGACUAGACUGAAAUAUCAGGAUUUCCUAUAAAAAUGUUUAAUAAAUGUGAUGUUUAGCAGUAGAGGGAUUCGGUGAGGGGCCAACAUGCAGAUCAUAACACAUAAAUCAGAUGUAAUCUGCUGGUUUAACCUUUCUUUCUGACUUAUUUCUGCCAUACAGACCUUAUUGCAUUGUAAAAGCAGACGGAAACUCAAAAAGCUGAACGGUUGUAAUGCUCCAACACUAUAAUCGCACAUAAACUCGCGUUUUAAUGGCUUCUCAUUCCUGGUUUUUGAUUGUUUGAUAUUUGUACUCUGAUCUUCGUCUGGUAGGUUUUGGUGAAGUUGAAAUCCAAAUUAAAUUCCAUAACUGUUUAUUCAUACAAUGUAAACGUGUUUGUAAGGUGAGGGGUGUAAUAUAACUUUGUGUUUGUUUGUUGGUUUUUUUUUUCAACUUGCACCUUCUUUUAUUUCAUUUAAGAUGAAUAAUCAUGAUUUUGUUGCAGUAAAUAAAGUCUGAAACCUUC